CGUACCCGCUAUAUGAGCUCCGGCAGGCGCUGACUCGGCCCUUUCCGCCCCGCUCCCGCCCCGCGCCCGGGUCGCUGCGCUGAGACCCCGCGCCCCCGCCGCCCCCCGCCGCCGCCAUGAUCAUCUACCGGGACUGCAUCAGCCAGGAUGAGAUGUUCUCGGACAUCUACAAGAUCCGGGAGGUGGCGGACGGCCUGUGCCUGGAAGUGGAGGGGAAGAUGGUCACCAGGACAGAGGGUCAAAUUGAUGACUCUCUAAUUGGUGGCAAUGCCUCUGCUGAAGGUCCUGAGGGAGAUGGAACAGAAGCCACAGUCAUAACUGGUGUUGACAUAGUAAUUAACCACCACCUUCAGGAGACCAGCUUCACAAAAGAAUCCUACAAGAAGUACAUCAAGGAUUACAUGAAAGCAAUCAAAGCCAGACUUGAGGAACACAAGCCAGAGAGAGUAAAGCCUUUCAUGACUGGGGCUGCAGAACAAAUCAAACACAUCCUUGCCAACUUCAAAAACUACCAGUUCUUUGUAGGGGAGAACAUGAAUCCAGAUGGAAUGGUGGCUCUCCUGGAUUUCCGUGAGGAUGGUGUGACCCCAUAUAUGAUUUUCUUUAAGGACGGCUUAGAAAUCGAGAAAUGUUAACAAAUCAAACAGUAUGGUUUUGGAUCACUCGUCUUCAUAGCUGGCUGCUGUUUCUUCUUCAUCGGCACAACACCAGGAAUCAGCAAUGUCUAACUGGACUGAUGUCAUCUUGAGCUUUAUUCACUUAUUUUGACCCUGAUUUGGAGUGGAGGCAUUGUUUAAAAAAACAAAAAAACAUCUAUCAUGUAGGUUGUCUAAAAUAAAACUCAUUUAAACCCA